AUGCAGAUAUCACUGAUCACAUCCACCCUCUUAACCCUCUUCGUCUCGUCAUCAUGGGCGUGCUCGCGCGUGACAUACAACAGCACCAUCACCGAUGGCAAUCGCAUUACGACGGGCCGCUCAAUGGACUGGUUCAUGACCACGAACGCUAGCAUCUGGACCUUCCCAGCUGGCAUGUCACGGAACGGGGCCGCAGGAGCGAACUCUCUGACCUGGACAUCCAAGUACGGCUCGGUCAUCACAGCCAUGUACGACGCCGCCGUGGUUGACGGCAUCAACUCGAAAGGUCUGACCGGAAACUUCCUGUACCUCGCCAACGCCAAUUACGGGACACGAAAGCCAUCCCUCCCAGGCAUCUCCGUCGGCGCCUGGCUACAAUAUUUCCUCGACAGCUACGCGACCGUUGACGAAGCCGCGAAUGACCUGUAUACCGCCGAGGGGCGGGAGAAGUUCCAAGUCGUGACCGCCGAACUGAUCCCAGGCACCCCGUCUCUCGGCCACAUCUCGCUGACCGACGAGUCGGGCGACAACCUGAUUCUCGAAUACCUCGACGGGGUCUUGACCGUUCACCACGGUUUGCAAUACACUGUCAUGACGAACUCACCAUCAUACUACCAACAGCUCGCCAUCAUGGAAUACUGGCUGCCGAUCGGCAACCAAUCGCUCCCGGGCACACGCCGACCCGCCGACCGCUUUGCGCGCCUGUCGUACUACAACAACGUGACCGCGCCAUCGUCCAGCCUCGAGGAGUCCGUCGCCAUCACGGCCUCCAUGAUCCGCGCCGUCAGCGUGCCCAUCACGCCGUCGCUGCCGGGCGAGCCCGACGUCGCGACCACGCUGUGGCGCACGUACGCCGACACCCGCGCCCUGAAAUAUUUCUGGGAGAGCACCGUGCAGCCCAUGUUUUUGUGGAUUGAUCUCGGCGAUUUCGACCUCUCGAUAUUCGGCCAGGUCAUGCUGCUUGAUCUGCAGGUCAGCCCAUACUCGAGAGUCGGGAAUAUGAAGGGCAAAUUCGUGCCGAGUGCGCCAUUUCCUUUCUUUCCUGUUGGCGGUUCGUGA